GUGUGUUUUCUUGCCAAUGCGAGUGAAUUUGGUAACGUAAAAAUUUAACAGAAAUCAGUUUGAAAAAAUUCUUCGUUGAGGAUAGAUCGCUAUAAUUUAGGGAGUAAAUAAACGAACGAGUCCUUUUAUUAACGAACAUCUUUCAAUUUUCUUGUUAACCACCACCACCACCACAAAAACCGAUCCAAAAUGUUCAAGAACCAUUUGGAAAUGAUUGGCCGCAACGAGAGCCCCAGCAAGAAGGCUAAGUUCUGGCAAUCCUAUAUCAGAUCCUUGAAGGGAUCUGAGGAUAUCCGUGCCCAUGAGACCCCCAGGGCCGGUCGUCCAUACAGCUCAUACAUUGAUUCUCCCUCCACAUACAGGAGCAUCUUUGAUGAGCCUAGCACUGCUAACGAACGUGUCCAGUCUCAUGGCUACAGAUAUUUGCCCGUCAGCAGAGAUACCUACGGCUACUCUCCCCGUGCCAUCUAUGAUCAUCACUACAGCAGAACAAUUCCAGCUAACUAUGAUGCUGAACGCGCCUGGAAUGAUCAUUUGAAACGUAUGCAAGAAAUUGAACGCAGAUACCCAUCCCGUUAUGGUUUGUAUCUGAAGGACAAGCCCUACACACCCAAUGCUUUGGUGCCCUUGGAAUAUGAGCCAGAGGAUAAAUUGCUCCAAGAACUCAACAAGGCUCGCCGUUCUCCCUCUCCCGCUGGUCGUGUAAGGCGCGCUGGCAGUGAACCCUAUGUGCCACCACCAUCCUACUUGGCUGGCCCUCCCCCAAGUGCAUCUCGUGCCUCUCGCGCCCCAUCUCUAUUCGAUCGUGCCCCCUCCGUGUUCGAUCGUGCCGCCAGCUUGGCCCCCUUCACCCGGCCAUUGUUCCGUGCCAGCUCGUUGGAACCCUUGGAUGAACUCUUUGCCAGUAAGUCCGAUGAAGAAAAGCCUAGAGUAGUAGUUGAGCGUGCUGGCUCUCCAAGUCCCACUCCUGUUAAGCCCGGUCGUUGGGGUCCCCGCCCCAAUGAAGUUUCCUUCGAUGCUGAUGGACUCCCUGUCUUCCACCCCAGAAACCGCUUCAGGGAUUUGUUGGACCCCAACCCAAAUGCCCCCAUCUCGGCCUUCACUCGUGAUCCCUUCUGGUGGGAUAUGGAUGACUUAGCUCCCCUCCGUGCCGGCUCCCCCUUCCGUGCUGGCUCACCAUUGCGCGCCUUGUCGGUGCCACGUGCCUCCAGCCCCAUAACCAGAGAUUCGUUCUUGUCGCCCGUUAAGAAUCGUUAUUUGUGGUCUAAGCACCCAGCCAGACCAUUGACUCCUGCCGAAGAGGAAGAAUUGUUUGAAUAAAUAAAAAAAUACAUAAUAAUAAUAAAAAAUAU